AAGCGGAAGUUGUCCGGUGUGCUGAGGAAGGCGGAAGUUGUCUUGGGUGCUGUGCUGGGGUCUCCGCCGGGGGAAAGCUGUGGGCAGAGUGCCGGCAAGCCCGGCAGCGCACCAUGAAUGCAGUGACCUAUGAUGAUGUGCAUGUUGACUUCACUCGGGAAGAGUGGGCUUUGCUGGAUCCCUCCCAGAAGAAUCUCUACAAGGAUGUGAUGCUGGAGAUCUACAGGAAUCUCACUGCUAUAGGCUACAAUUCGGGAGACCAUAAUAUUGGAGAACCUUGUCAAACUUCUAGAAGAAAUGGAAGGCAUGAAGGAAAUCAUACUGGAGUGAAAUCCUGUGAAUAUACUCAAAGUGAUAAAGCUGUUGCAUAUGAGAGUCACCUUCAAAGAUAUGAAAGAAUUCCUACUGGAGAAAAACGUAAUCAAUGUAAUCAGUGUGGUAAAGCCUUUGCACAUCACAGUUAUCUCCGAAUACAUAAAAGAACACAUACUGGAGAGAAACCCUGUGAAUGUAAGCAAUGUGGUAAAACCUUUGCACAUCUCAGUAGUCUCCGAAGACAUAAAAUAACACAUACUGGAGAGAAACCCUACAGAUGUAAUCAAUGUGAUAAGGCCUUUUCACAACCCACUAGUCUCCAAAUACAUAUAAGAACGCAUACUGGAGAGAAGCCCUAUGUAUGUUAUCAAUGUGGUAAAGCUUUUUCACAGCACAAUAGUCUCCGUGUACAUAAAAGAACGCAUACGGGAGAGAAACCCUACAAAUGUAAUGAAUGUGGUGAAGGCUUUGCACGUCACAGUCAUCUUCAAAAGCAUGAAAGAAUGCAUACUGGAGAGAAACCCUAUGAAUGUCUUCAACAUGAUGAAGCCUGUGCACAUUUCUAUACUCUUCAGCAUCAUGAAAGAAUUCAUACUGGAGAGAAACCCUAUGAAUGUAGUCAAUGUGGUAAAACCUUUGCACAUAACAGGCAUCUCCGAAUGCAUAAAAGAACACAUUCUGAAGAGAAAACCUGCAAAUGUAAUCAGUGUGGUAAAGCCUUUGCACAUAAGAGUUAUCUCCGAAUGCAUAAAAGAACACAUUCUGGAGAGAAACCUUAUGAAUGUGCUGAAUGUGGUAAAACCUUUGCAUAUCAUAGUUAUCUCCGAAUACAUGAAAGAACACAUACUGGAGAGAAACCCUACGAAUGUACUGAAUGUGGUAAAGCCUUUGCACGGCACACUAGUCUCCAAAUACAUAAAAAAAACCAUACUGGAGAGAAACCAUAUGCAUGUAAUCAAUGUGAUAAAGCCUUUGCACAUCACAAUUACCUCCGAAUACAUCAAAGAACACAUACUGGAGAGAAACCCUAUGAAUGUACUCAAUGUAGUAAAACCUUUGCACAUCACAGUAGCCUUCAAAUACAUAAAAGAACACAUACUGGAGGAGACUCUAUGAAUGCAAGCAAUGUAGUUAAGCCUUUGCAUGUAACAGUACUCUUUGAAGUCAUGAGAAAUAAUCAUGCUGGAGAGAAUCCCUAAACAUGUAGUCAGUGUGGUAAAGUUUUUGCACUUUGUGGUGCAAAAUCUGUUAAAGCCUUUUCACAUCACAGUUGUCUUUGAGAACCUGGAAAAAACUCAUACCAAAGGGAAACUAACAUUAAAGGAUUUGUUAAAAUCUUUAGCCAGCAUACUUAUGUUCAGUUAUACAAGAUUAUUUAUUCUGGAGGAAAAAAAAAGUCUGACAGUUGUCAACAGUCUAUUCAAACUUAUGAUGUCCCUCUUUAUUUUGUUUGGACCUGUAAACUCAUGGACAAAAGCCUUAUGAGUUUAAAUAGAUUUUACACUUCGAUUCAAUAACAUGAAAUAGCUCAUGUAGGUGUAAAACUUAAUGGGUGUGAUUGUUAUGUGCCCUCCAAGUCUUCCAUUUUUCCUUUUUUAGGCAACUACAUGUAGCUUUCAGUGACAGCACCCUGAAGGCUCCCACUUUGUGGUCACCACAUGAACCUUAGCUUCUCAGUCCCCCCUCCUGCCAUCCCUGUAACUUGCCUGCCUGGUAGGAAUAAGGGUAUUCUAAAAAUAGAAACAUCUUUUCUAUCUCCCCUGUUGGCUAGUGAAACACUGCACCCCUUGAAAUCCCCGUGAGUCUCACUCUGGGCAAAUACUGAGUCCUCCAGAAGAAAACUCUGCUGAAGACACAUUUAUUCCUUAUCUGAAUACCUUGCACUAGAGAAAGCUGAGAAUUGCGAGGGAUUUAGGGAUGGAAAAAAUUCAUUAUAGGGCUUUGUUAGAUUUCUUAGUUGCUUUCUAACUAAGGAUGAAUUGAUUACCUUAUAUCUUCAUAACUGUUCCAAACUCAUCGUACUGAAUAAAUAUCAUGUUUUAAUAA